UACAAUUAGAAAAAGGUAAUAACAUAACAGUGACACUUGGAGUUCCAACAAGAUUCAUCAACAUCUCAUCUCUACGUGAUUACCUUGGUAACCUGUUCAUCAUCAUCAUCAUCAUCUUUUAUCAUCGAACCUGAAAUAAAACAUCACAACAGACACACAAAACAGAAACACUCACUUUGGGACUAAUACAAAAGGAUAGAAAAAAACAACAACAAGAAGGAGACAAGAACAUCACCAGAGGAAAACAAGAAAGAAAAAAGAAAGAAAAAAUCGUCAUCUUUCUUUUCUCUCAUCAUUAUCAUCUUUCUCUCACACACACUUUUUAAGCACUUUGUGAGUGUUGUUCUUGUGUGUGCCUGUGCUGUGUUCCAUUUGCUUCUUUCUCCCUGUAAUUAAACAGGUCUCUCUCUCUCUCUCUCUCUCUCUCUCACACUCUCACUAUCUAUCUUCAAUCUCCCUCUUUUACUUUUCUCUUGUCUCAUUUUCUCAGUUUCGUUAUGACCAUUUCUACACCUAAACCACCAUUAUAAUCACCACAACCACCACCAGACAAAAAAGAAACAGCAACAACAGUGUAACAUUUACCUCCACCUCCACUACCAUCAUCAUCUUCAUCAUCAUCAUCUCUUGUUUCACCAAAGACUGAAAACCAUCAGGAUUGAAAAAAAAAUCAUCUUCAAUCUUCAUCGAUAACAAUUUAUGUUUAUCUUCAUUCAUUGAAUGAUGGUCAUCAUCGUUUCUGUCAACUAAUCACUAUUUCGCUUUAUCGAUCGUAUAUUUCCACACCACCAUAGAGGUAAACAUAUUUUCCACCGGCUUCAUCUUGUAAUUCAUUUUCUUCAAUUCUUUCUUCGGUUUUGUGUCUCAUCGAAACUGUGAUCUUCAACUGUAAACAAUUUUCUUCUUUUGUUCUUUAACUUGAGUCUUUUUUCCUCCUUCACAACUCACACAUUUAAACACACGCCCGAGGCCAUAUUUUUAAUUCUCGUUUGUGCUUUGUUGAUCGUGGGUUCUUUUUUUCUUGUUUCACCAGCAGCAGCAGCGUUUUUGAUCUUGAACAGAAAAAUUAUCAUAAACAUCACUUUUCAUGCUAUUCAUUGGUUCAGAAUUGUGAUUAUUUAUUACCAAGUGGCUGUUGAAAGCGACAAAGAACAAAAAAUCAAUCAAAACAACGAUAAUCAUUCUCAUCAUCAUCAACCUUCCAGUCUCAUUAGAACUGUUUCAAUCUAAAUCUGUGUUCAACUAUUGUUAUUAUUUCCAUAAUAACCUUUGAUUAUCUCAUUUGUUCCUGUAUCUCUCUCUCUCUCUCUUUCUCUUUCUCUCUUUCGCUUUUCUUUGCCCACCCCUCUCCAUGUAGAGUGUGUGUAUUUGUGUCACCUUUUGUUAGUAAAAAACCACCGCACCAACUAAAUGGUUGAUAAUUUUUCUAGUGAAAAUGUUCCUCAUCAUGGUUAAUAUAUGUGAACAAAGUGUUUGACAACUAUAAGAUAUUAGAUCAUCAAAUUAACCAAAUCACAGAGACACCAAAGACAAUUAAGUUAACAAAUCUCCCUCUUAAUUGUAUUUUUUUUCUUCUUCUUUCAAUCUACAAAACCAGAGAAAUAACAAAACAAAAAACUCAACAAUGAACAUGGAAAUUGAUAUGGACCGAGAAUUCAAUGUUGACAUUAGGAAAAUGUCCAAGAAUUGUGUUAUUCUUCGUCUUCAUCACCCCUUUCUUAUGUCUACAUGAAAUCUCGCCUCUUGCGACCUUUGCCCAAAGAUUUGUUGAUCUGUGGUCAAGAUGGUUAUGGUCAGAAAGUUCACUCUACUCUCCUGGUUUUCCUAUCGGCCAAAUUUUCCGCCUGGUUUGAGGCUUGUAACGACAAUGGACACACGAUAACCAAUUUUCUAAUACCCACCAUGGAUAAAAUGGGAAUCCAGUGUCUCCAUGAACUAAUUUACGAUGGUUCUUGUAAAAUUGAUUUUAACCGAGCCAGUCAAGUAGUUAAUCAAAUAUCACAAUUAGGAUUAUCGAUAACAGCGGAAAGUAAAGAUGGCCAACGGAUUCAAUUGUUACAAAAUGAACCUGAUUUGGUGGAUGAGGAAGAAGAUGAAGAUGAAGAUGAUGAUGUUGAAGAGGAAGUGGUCGAUGUAGAUGUUGAAGAUCGAUUAAUGAUGAACACAAUCAUCCCAAACUCUGAGAAUGCCUCACAAACCUCUGAAGAUUUAAUAUUACAAAAUCAACUUCGUCCAUCCCCAUCACCAUUAUCAAUCCCAUCAACUGAACAAGAAGAUGAGAUUCCACCCUUACAACAUGCUACCUAUGGUGGUCGGCAUAACUCCAUCCCUCAUCAAAUGAUGACCUCAAAUUGUAACAAUUCAUCUUCCCAUCUUCCCGAAUCACCUCCACCACUUACAUUAACCAAUCAAGGAAUGAUUUCACCACCACCAGAGGCCAAACUUGAAAAUGGUCGAGUCCGUUGUACCUAUUGUGACAAAUCUCUGGCCAAUGCUCGUAAUUGGAGGGAACACAUACUCGCCCUUCAUUUAGGUCAAACUAUGCCCUGUCCAAGAUGUGGUGCUCAUUUCAAACAUCGGUCAACCCUUCGAGGACAUUUACUACGAUGUAGAAAACUUAGUGGCCCUAAUACCAACAAUUUAAACAACAACAACAACAACAACAAUACCAAUAAUAAUAAUAAUAAUAAUAACAAUAACCUAAAUAACAACAAUUCAAACAACAAAGAUAAUAGUAAUAAUAUCAACAAUGGAAAUAACAACAAUCUCAACAACAACCUUAUACACAACGUGAAACAAGCUAAUUAUUAAAGGAAUCACCAUGUAAAAAUAUUCAUAAUGAUUUUGGAUGAUGAAGAUAAAAAAGAUGAUAACUUUGCGGAAGAUGAAGCAAGUUCAAAAGACUGGAGAAGAAGAGGAAUUUCAUCUUAAUUUUAGCAUGAAUCUUGAUUCCAACACUUUCCAAUUGAUGCAUAACUUGCGACGAAGAAAAAAAAAAUUAUCUCAUUAAAAGAUGAAAACUUUCAUCUUCAUCUCUACAACACAUCAUCUAAAAUCUAUCCUAUGGUAUAAAAGAAAAGCUCUCAAUGUCAACCGACUCAACAAUCAACCAAAUUGUUGGUACUCAAAGCGAAAAAUGAUUAACCCUAAUCAUUUGGAUAAACUGAAUAACAUUUUACCUUAAACACACUGAGCAACUAAAAACCACCUCCACCAAGAUGAUCAUUGACGUUUGGAAACCUUCAAAUUGACAAUUGACAUUGAUGGUGAUUUUUAUUAAAGUAUUUUCAUCAUCUUCUCCAUCAUUAUCAACACAAGCCUUUUCUUGUUGAAACGGAAAGCAGUUAUUAUUAAUUCACAAUCACUACAAAUGAGUCUCACAAAUUUCAUCAUUAUCAAAUUGCAAUUGAUUAGCUUUCCUGUGUUCCCAAAUAACAAAACAAAUCACCGUAACAAUUAACAAACAAAUCAACAAUAUCACACUCAACUUGAUGUUUGUUUUUACUUCAUGUGUAGGUUAACACAACGAAAACAAAACACAAGAUCAAUCAUCUUAUUAUUAUCAUAAAUUUUACUCACCAAACAUCAACCACCACACACACACAACACCAACUGAUGAACUGACUUUUGUUUUGUUUCUCAUCGCAAUCUUUAUGUGACCUCAUCAUCUUCAUAAUCAUCAUCAUCUUACUAUUUUUUUGUUUCUUUCUAAUCAUCAUCAUCCUUUGCUUGACAUCUCUUCAUCUUUCUCUUCCUUAUCUUCCUCUUCUCUUACAUUCCCUUCCAUUUUAAACUUCUCUCUCUAACUCACUCUUUCUCUCUUUGGACAGUCAUGAUAAAAAAGUGCGAAUCUGAUUCUUUUCUUUCUCUUGUUUGUUUUUCUCUCUUUUUUUUUGUUGACGAAUCUGAUAAAUCUCACCUUCGAUCAUAUCUCUCUUUCUCUCACACUCACUCACUCACUCACCUCCACACCGCAAUGUCCCCACUCUCCUUUGUUGCCCCACAUUUUUUUUUUCUAAAAUUGUAUUUCCUUUGUUUUCAUAUUCUUACAAAUUUUGAUAAAACUCAACUUAUGACCAAUCCUUAAGUUCCUGAUGAAUAACAAUUAAAAUUAACAGAAAAAAAAGCUUAACUAAAAUCUAAAUUAAAAAGCAUUUACAAAAAAAAA